CAGCAGAGGAUGGGCUUGGUAGUGACCAGGAGAGAGACGCCAGCAAGAUCGCUGCUCUGCCUCCCUCCAGGGUCCACUUGUCUGGUUCUUCAUCUCCCGUGGUUCAGGUGGCUUGUGGGCUUCAUCAUACAGUUGUGCUGUGUGCCAAUGGUGAGACAUAUACUUGGGGUAGCAACAGCUAUGGCCAGUUGGGUGUGGGUGACCUUAUCUCCAGAGGCUCUCCCAUUAUGGUGCGACUGCCUCCUAAUGUCCGAGUCACACAAGUAGCAGCAGGGAGCAAUCAUACUAUCUUCCUGACUUCAAAUGGACAAAUCUAUACUUGUGGUGACUUUCAGAAGGGUCAGCUGGGCAGAGGAGCCCCACAAAGUGAUGCUGGAGAGGGAAGCAGUCGUGGGAGGUGUCCAUGGUAUUCCGUGCCGGGUCUUGUGCCUGGUGUAGGGCCAAGGUUAGGCCGAAGAGCAACAUGGAUAGGGGCAUCAGCCGAUGUAACCUAUGUCAAGCUCGACCAGUCACUUAUCAAUGCUCACAACCUGAGUGCUGCAUCUGUUGUUGCCAAUAGUAGUUGUCUAGUGUUGUUACCAGUGGGAGGGAAGAAAGAAGAAGAGGAGGGAUGGAGAUGUUUAGUAAUUAGCCGUUCUGACGGACAGUGUCGUAGCUUCUCCACAGCAGACCAGAUAAAUGUUGGUGGCCAUACCAUGUGUCUGGAUCCUGUUUACAAUGUGCUCUGGAGCUAUGACAACAGUAGUCAAGAAGUCCGUUGUUAUAACAUUGUGGCCGCUGAGGCCCAGAGGCUCAACAAUGGAGGGACACAGGAUGGUUUACGGGACCUUCUCUCUCCAGAACUCUCUCUGCCCAUCUUGCCAGAGUACCAAGUAUCUCGGGCACAGGUGGCACUACACAUGCUGUCAUGCAUUGAUACAGUUACAUGGGCGCAUGAGCAUGGACUAACUGUGAUAGAAGAUGAUCCCCAGACAGUCGCUACCGUAAGAGUGUAUACUAGGGAAGACUUCACGCCAGUCAACAGAUUUGAUAGUCAUGGUGGAGGUUGGGGUUAUUCUGGCCACUCUAUUGAGGCCAUCAGGUUUAUGUGUGAUACAGAUGUUCUUAUUGGUGGCUUUGGACUUUUUGGGGGCAGAGGAGAAUACAUGGGAAAGAUCAAGCUUUUUGAGCUGGGCAUAGAAGGUGGUGAUCAGGAAACUGAUGGAGAAUUGUUAGCGGAGACUGAGGAAAUGCUGUAUGAAUGUGGUGCUCGACAGAAGUAUCCCAUGCUCUUUGAUGAACCAGUGCCAGUGCAGGCCAAUAAGUGGUAUGUGGCCUGGGCUCGAGUGAGUGGACCAAGUAGUGAUUGUGGUUCAUCAGGUCAGAGUAUGGUUACAACAGAAGACCAGGUUAUUUUCUACUUCAAGUCAUCCAAGAAAUCCAACAAUGGGACAGAUGUAAAUGCGGGUCAGAUUCCGCAGCUGCUCUAUCGUAUAACCUCCCAGGAAGGUGCUGUCGCCCCCAGGCCCACACAGGACUCCACAGAACCUAUUCCCAUUCUCUGCAAGGCAUUCUUCAUGACCGUCAGAAAUGAUGUUUUCCAAUCAUUGCUUGAUUUAUUAGGCUGGGCUUGGUCCACAUUGAGAUCCUGUGUUGGAGAACAAUUUAGUCAUGUUGGAAACACAGGAGCCAGCCCCACUGUUGCUAUGCUUGAUCUCCAGCGCUUGGUGUAUAUCUGUUGUGCUUGUCUGCGUCUACUAAGGAUCUAUAUCAAUGAAGUCUAUCCAAAUUCAGUGCGAACAUUGAGAGCCAAUGGCGAGAAAGGCUGCCUUGCAGAGAGUGUAGCAGAUGUCAGAGGUCUCCUGAGACAGAUGUUAUCUGACCCAGUGCCAGCUCCCUAUCCAUCUCGCAAGGGAAAGAUGCGGAAUGGUAGAGAAACAGGACCAUUAACACGAAUGGUUGUAUCAGUAUUAGAUGAAUGCCACAAGACUUUUGUAUCAUGCUUCCAUGCAUUCUAUCCAACUGGUCAGUUAAAGUGGGCUUGCUUGUGUGACCUACUCCUCUCCAGGGAUGUCGUCAAUAAAAGCAUGGAAGAAAGUCGAGACAGUGACCGCCUGCUGAGUGCUGUCCUUGCUUCACUGUGCUCACCAACAGUCAAACUUCGAGCCACCUGCCCCAUCCUUACUGACCCAGACACAGAGGUCACCCACCGACCCUCACCUGCUGACAAUGCUGCGCUCUCUACCCUCCAGCCUGGGGACCUUUACCGAUAUCCCUUACUGGUAGAGCAUAUGACUUACAAAACCCAUGUGGACAAUGGUGUAGGGAUUGUAUGGACUUUCCGUGAAGUAUUAGAUCGCCUUCUGGGAGUUGCUUGUGGAAGUGUGCGGCAGGCAUUACGAGGAGAGAGAGUUGUUCCUCUGCCAGCCCUUGUUCACAAUACUUGCCUCCUCCUGGCUGCAACAGUUGCUGAGCUCUCAGCUGAGACAAAUUCUGCUGAAGGUGAAGUUCCUGCUGGUGGCCGUGUCCUGCACAUCACGCCAUCUAGGUUCACACGGACAUCUCAGAGCCGGACAUGGAACACUGGCAAUGGAUCUCCAGAUGCCAUCUGCUUUGCCGUGGACAGACCAGGCAUCGUUAUUGCUGGUGUAUGUGUCUAUGGUGGAGUGGGCACCUAUGAUUAUGAGGUGGAGCUGAUGGAUGAGAGUGGAGGAGGUGGCCAGGACCCAUCUCACACCAUGGAGAGGUGGAGUGUCAUGGAGGUGGCCAGAGGUACCUUUGGGCCAGAUGACUCAGUUGCGGAUAUUGUUGAGAUCAAAUUUGAACGCCCAGUACCAGUCAAAGAAGGGGUGAAAUAUGCAAUUAGACUUUGCAAUCAUGGUGGAAGAACUAGCAAUGGUGAUGGGGGCCUUGCAUCAGUCAAGGGACCUGAUGGCACCACCUUUACAUUCUCAGCUUGUAGCUUGUCAGUCAACGGAACUAAUCACAUCAGAGGCCAGAUUCCUCACAUAAUGUAUUACAGCACUCCUCAAGACCCAGAAAGUCAGCAGAGUACAAGAGAAAUAGCUGAGCAGCAAGCACGAAAGUCUGCCUUAGCAAUGGUGGGGAGCAUUGUGCGGGUAGCAACUGAGCUGAUGAUCAUGGGCCUGGGUGUAGGUGACGAGACAGCUGUGGAGGUAUUAGGAACAGCCCCUCUUAUAACCAUGUUGCUUCCACUGGUCUUGUCACAUAUAGGGCCUGUUGCCACAUCAGAUCCAAGGAGUGCCGUAACAGUGCUUGGUCUGAUCCAGGAAAUCUUGCCCCAUGUAGCGGCACUAAACAACCUGAGCCUUGUCACACAACAGACAGCCAUCCCAGAAACAAUAGAGGGUUGCCACACCACCACCAGCCACCACUAUGCUUGGGUUGAGAGUGAUCAUCCUUAUAAACCAGCUACUGUGGCCAAUUACAGAGUGAGUUUCCCCAGCUCUGUUCAAUGGAUGACGUUGGAGUUCGACCCCCAGUGUGGUACUGCUCAGCCAGAGGACUCGUUGCAGGUGUACGUACCAAGCCUGAGCAGUACAGAGGUAGACAUUGGUGCAGGUGGGCUGCCCAUAUACAGCGAUGGCCAAGAGCGAGGAACAGCUGUGUCGCAGGACCAAGAGGGAGCUCCUCCUCCAUACUGGGCUGUUCUGAAUAAAUUUUCUGGUACUCAGAACUGGCCACACCAGACAGUAAUUCUUCCAGGACAUGAGGUUAUGUUCUCCUUAGAAACUGCUUCUGACUAUGUAAAAGACGAAAGAGCCAACACCUAUGGUUUUCGGGUCCUCAUUGUGGGUUACGAGUGGCCACCAACUCCUCCAGAUUCUCUGAGACACUUGGAGAAAGAGUUGUCUUACUUAGGAGGGCUGUGUUCAGCAUCCCUUAUCAAGAAGGACCUCUGCUUACCACCUAUUGCAGGUGAUGAAUUGGAUGAGGAUAUGGAACUAGUUGAGGAAAUGUCACUGCAGGUGUAUCGAGCUCACCCAGGGCUACUGAGUAAAGGGUUUGCCCUCUCACAUCCUCCAACUAUUCACCAAGCUCUCGAUGGCGUCAUUCCAUUCAGUUGUCACUCAAAUGAGAGGCUGUUUCUGCGGGAUUUUGUGUCCUGCGCAGGAGGGACAAGUGGAGGGCGCUUGGCGAGAUGGCUGCAGCCUGACUCUUAUGUUGAUGUUCGGGCGUGUGAGGUUCUCUACAGCCGCGAUGACAUGCGUGCAGGCUGGCCAGCCAUUGUCACCAUCCUCACCAGGGACCAGUAUAGUGAGGUGGUCCAUGUUCCUUCACUCAAGGUGGAAGUCGUGGCAGUUCCUGUGAGCACAGGGGAGGAAGGUGGCCAAGGGAAGCUCCGAAGAAUAAGUCAGCAUGUCCCCGAUAAUAUGACCUUUGGUGGACACCCUCAGCCCUCACUGGAUGUGCCAUACCAAGUGUCCAUCAAGGACAAAAUGUGUUAUUGUGCAAUUACCAUGAUAAAGGCUUAUGAAAACUAUUCCUUUGAAGAGCUCCGUUACAUGUCCCCUGCUAUGCGGAGACCAACAGAAAACAUGUUAGUGCGAAGUAAUAAUGAUGGCACGUACUCCUGUAACUGGACACCAGGAGCAACAGGAUGGUAUUCUCUUCAUGUGACUAUUGACGGAUAUCAGUUGGAAGAGACCUUCAAGAUGGAAGUCAAGGAACCGCCACAAGGUGUUACUCCGCCGGUCCAGAGCACCAUCAGGAGAUCAUCGCAGCAGCCUUCCCGACUAAGAAAGUUUGUGCUGCAGAACAGUGCUGGCCUGAGAAUACGCACUCAUCCAUCCUUGCAGAGUGAACAGAUUGGGGUUGUUCAUGUUAAUGGAACAAUUGCCUUUGUGGAUGAGGUCCACAACAGUGAUGGGGUGUGGCUCCGCCUAAGCCCAGAAAGCAUCAGGCAGUAUUGCACCAAUGGCUACUCAGAAGCUUGGUGUCUGCAGUACAACCAACACCUUGGGAAGACUCUCCUUGUUCCACUGGAUCACCCAAAGACAAUUCUGGAUCAGGUGAUUACUGACACCAUAAGCCGCCGCCGGGACCUUAGCCCACGUCGAGAGACAUCCCUGGGCAUAGAGGGAAGUGAGGGGGUCAGUGGGGGUGCAGGGGUAUACACGGUUGUCAAGUGUGGAGCCUCAGGACACAACAUCCGCAGUCAGCCCAGCCUCAAAGCUCCCCCUGUGGGAAUGCUUGUCCUAGGGAACUCUGUCACCGCUGAUUGCGAUGUGAAGAAUGGCGAUGCCCAAAGCAUCAGGCAGUAUUGCACCAAUGGCUACUCAGAAGCUUGGUGUCUGCAGUACAACCAACACCUUGGGAAGACUCUCCUUGUUCCACUGGAUCACCCAAAGACAAUUCUGGAUCAGGUGAUUACUGACACCAUAAGCCGCCGCCGGGACCUUAGCCCACGUCGAGAGACAUCCCUGGGCAUAGAGGGAAGUGAGGGGGUCAGUGGGGGUGCAGGGGUAUACACGGUUGUCAAGUGUGGAGCCUCAGGACACAACAUCCGCAGUCAGCCCAGCCUCAAAGCUCCUCCUGUGGGAAUGCUUGUCCUAGGGAACUCUGUCACCGCUGAUUGCGAUGUGAAGAAUGGCGAUGGCACUUGGGUUCGUUUGGAUUCAGAGAGCACACGCAAGUAUUGCUUCACUGAUGGGGAGGCUUGGUCUCUGGCAAUGUCCCGAGGUCACACCCUCUACCUCCAACGUUCCCAUAGUCACAACCACCCCUACACGUCUCCCCAGCAUGAUCCAAGUAACAUAGCAGGCCAUCAGGGCUUUGACUUCACACAUGCCCAGAGUAGCCCAGUGUUUAGACCCUUCCAACAACCUGCCGUUACUGGCGACCCAUUUGUCUUUGGUGCUAUAACCCGUGGGAGAGGGGACGGCAGCAGCAACACAGGCCACAUGGUGCAAACUGAUGGAGAAGAGUCGUGCAUUCCCCAGAAACGUGCACUUAAUUUUAUUGAUGCAAAUACUACCACAGAGGAGUCAGAACCAACAGGCGGAACAGUGAAGCAGCAGCAGGGCCCAUCGCCACAGCACCCAGGGAAGUUCUCCGUCCUGCACCGGUGGCUCAAGGAAGAGCAACACAAACACGCCUCUCCACACAGUCUCCAUUCUCAUCAACAGCAGCAGCAGCAGCCACAGCAACCGCAGCCUCAGCAGCAGCACCAGCAGGUUCAGGUCGUGCAGCAGCAGACUCAGACACAGGAGAGGAAGCUCGACAAAAAGCAAUCACAAGUGGCUGUCAGCAUACCUAGAGAUGUCCCACCAGAACUGCAAGGCGUGUCAGUAAAAGACCUUGUGAAGGCCAUAGGGGAGUCAAGAGCUAAUGGCAAUGGUGCAACCCCCCCUCGGACUCCCCCUGCCACACCCAAGCGCUUGUCUCGUUCAUCCAGUCCGAGGGCAGUUGGGGUUGGACCCUCUGGGCCCUCAGUUGUGGCAACAGGCUCCGGCACCUCCCCACGGCAGAUAUCAAGAUCUUCCAGUCCUGUGCCUAUUCCCGGGCGUGGAAGGGAGAGUGCAAGUAGUUCUCCAUUGCACAGUUCUCCACGUGCAACAGCUGUGUCACCACUUGUGUCGGGAACAGGCGCUGCUGGGGACAGGGCAGCUGGCAGCCCUCCAUCUGCUAUUCGAAGUGCAAACGAUUCCCUGAGCGACACCAGUGCAUUUGUGUCAAGCUUAACACAGGACAUGUCUCAUUCCCCGAGCAUUUCUUCCUUGCCCACCUCAACACCUAGUACACCAAGGAGGGAACCCUUGAGCACAAGCCCUAAAACAGUUACCCAAACAGCAACCCAGACAAGCCCAGAAGGUGUGAAGUUCAAUAUAGGGUCAACUGGAUCUCGGGAUGAAAACUUGCGUCUCUCCCCUAAAAUGACACGGAAGGAUAGAUCAGGCAAACCACACCGGGGAAAGAGGGACCGCGCUGUCUCACCAGCAGCUGUGCAGAGGGAAAAACCAGGUCCAAGCCGAGACAAGAUCAAGGAAGCAAUGAGCCCAUCUGUUGCAGAGUGCCUGAGAGCUAUAUUUGCUGGGUUCCUAUGGCAUGAGGGAAUUGUUCAUGAUGCUAUGGCCUGUGCAUCCUACAUCAAAUUCCAUCCAGAUCUGACAAAGCAAGGAACAUUCCACUGGAAGCCACGUGCAAACACUGGCACUAAAACAGAAAAACUUACAAAAGAACAGAAAGCACGACAGCGACACUCUGUCGAAGUGAGUACCUACAGUUACCUGAACAAUGUCACUCUCCAGAAUACAGAAGAUCUGUUGAAGCCUGGGGCAAAUGCCAAUAUCAAUGAAGUGCCACGAAUCACAGAUACCAAUGAGGAAGAUGCUGCCAACAGGGCAGGGACAAGCUACACUCAGGGACCUCAGGGACAAAAAUUACCAACAGUGAUGGAAGGGGGCUCAGGGCCUGACCCCCCAGACCUUCCCCCAGUACUCCGUCAUGUUGUUCUGCUUUGGGAAGAACUAACAUCAAGUUGUUUGAAGGCCAUUGCUCAACAGAUUAUUCUCCCUUCCCCAACACUUCCAGUUAGAUUCAAUAAGACUGAUAAGACAAAGGAGAAGAGUGACAGAGAGAAGAAGAAGCACAAGAAAAAGUCAGCCUCAGCAGGCAUUCCCAUGUUUGGAGUUGACUCAAUUGUAGGCGAGGAGGAGGAUGGUGUGUGUGAGCUGUGUGGUAGUAAUAUCCCUCCUGAUGGUGCUGAACAGCACUUCCGGACUAUUCAUCCAGGUUGUGGUGGCUCAUCCAAAGGCUGUGGUUAUGUCGGAACACGCUGGAAGUUCUUCCCCUCCAAAGACCGUGUUACCCAGCCUUGCGGUGUGGUAGUGCGUGGCUGCUUCCACAUGUGUUGGAGUUGCCGCAACAGGCACAAAGGCCAGUAUAGUCAGUUCUCGGGAAGCAAAGGUACAAAUGGGAAGAUGAAGAGGAAGUCUAACAGUAAGUUAUUAUCUCCUCUUCCCCAACUGGACACUCAUGUGAUAAUGAGAAACAAUGCAAUGUUCCUGCUGGACCUGGCUAGUGCUGCAACACCUGCCCUCCCCACCAGAAGUCAUGUGCCAAGGAGAUCUCCAUGCACCAUGCCCUGUGUCUCUGAGUUAAGCCCAGACAACAGCCCCUUCCCUAAGGUUGCAUUCCAGUGCUUGCACACUCUGAACUGCCAGCAGCAGCACCUAAACCAGCUGCGUGAGGACCUCCUCUUGCACCACACGCUCCAUUCCUCUGAUAACGCAGAUUACCGCAGCAGCUCUGCCGAGUCUCGGGAUAAUAACCACAGGGAGCAUUCACCCUUCUCUCCACCAGGGACCUCACACCAAGAAUCUCCCGCAUCUGAUACAGAGAUCCCUCGUGGCCGUCCAUUCCACCGCUCCAUAUCUGUGACAGUUGGAACCCUAGGACAAGACUGGAGCUCAGCUGCUGCCUCGGCCUCUGCCUCACAGCAUGAGCAUGACCAGAAGGCCACAGUUGUUCUCAGGAAACGGAAUAACAGCAGUGGAGAAAACACAGUAGAUGGUGGUGGCAGUUCCCUCUUGGUGCACCCGUCAGCUGCACUGGAGCGGCUAGCAACCUGCAUAGAGCGUGGAGGAGGACCUGCAGGAGACCCAGGAGGAAGAGCAAGGCAGGUCCUCAUCCGACCUAUUAUGGCGUUCAUCUUUCAGAACCACGACCUGGAAACUUUGGCUUAUGCUAUGAGGCAUGCCACACGAAAGGCAGCUGCCAGGGUCUAUGCCAUGCAGGCUCUAAACUGGCUUCUGAGAAGUGUGACACAGCCAACCUGUCUUCACGAUUUGCUCUGGUGCUUUGUGGCUGCACUCACCCCCACUAGCCCACCCCUUCAGCCUCCUGCCGAUGACCAUAACCCACAGGAUCAGCCACAUCACAAGGAUAAAUCCCAUGAUUUAGAAGGUGAAAUGGUGGUGCUGGAACAUCCUCUGAGUGAUGUAACACUCGCAGGCGAUGCAGUUCACCCUCUGCCUCAGACCUUCCACCAGCUGUUGCAGACAGUUGCUGAUCUGAUGAUGCUUCUUCCUCCAGGAUCUCCUCUCCAGAUGAUGGCUGUUCGGUGCUGGGGUCUGCGCUUCACUCCAACAGAUCAUGAUUUCCUCCAUCAAAGUCAUGUAUUCUCUAAUAUCUCGAAGAUCCUUUCACGGUCAGAGGAGGUGUUAGGGGCGGGAGAAGAGGGCAUCACGUCCAUGUAUGAAAGUCAUGGGCCGGUGACCAGCAUGGUGGAGUGCCUGCGUGACCUUAUGAGUGAGUGUGAAGUCCGAGCUUCAAGCAGACAAGCCAUGGUUCCAUCUCUAACAGACGCAUCUACAGAGACAUUUUGGGAGUCUGGGGAUGAAGACCGGAACAAGACUAAGGCACUCACCAUCACUUGUGCUGCGGCAAUCCGCCCACAGACAGUUUACGUCCACAUUGAUAAUUGUCGGGAUCUUGGGAAUAAAGUGUCAAGUGUAGUCUUCAAGUGUGGCCCCAGUGGAGAUGACAUGGUUCUAGUGAGACAAGUUGAUAUUGAAAGCAGAUUCAGUGGAUGGAUUCAUGCAGUUCUACCACACGAUGUAAUCACAACCAUAGUUGUGGAGCUUAGAGGACCAGACCAGAGCGUGCGAGUGCGGCAAGUGAGAGUCCUAGGUGGCGAGGGAGGGGAAGGCUCAGGCUCAAGACCACUACGUCAGCAUUCUCCCCUCACCAUCCAGCAUAGGGCCUGUGAGCAGGAGACACUUAAGGUGUUCAGGUUGAUUACUGGCCAGGUGUUUGGCCGCCUCAUCAUGACCGCAGAAGGUGGCAACAAAGCUGCUGAGGGAAGUGAUGGAACUGCAGGUAACAUUGAAAAUGUGGAUGAGCAAGACCACAACAAUGACCUCCGAGAACAUAUGGUCGGCAUUCUGUUCUCACGAUCAAAACUCACACACCUCCAAAAACAGGUUUGCUCACACAUAGUGCAGGCCAUCCGUAAGGAAGCUGUGAGAGCAAGGGAAGAGUGGGAGUCAGGGCUCAACUGUGGAGGCCUGGGCACACCUGCUACACCUGAAGAGGGACAGCACAACCCCCCUGACACAUACUGCUUUGAGAUGCUGUCCAUGGUGUUGGCCCUCAGUGGCUCUGUGGUUGGCCGGGCACAUUUGGCUCAGCAGGAUCACUUGCUGAAGCACCUGCUGUCACUGCUCCACACAGGGUCAGCUCGUGUCCAGAGACAGGUUGUGGCUCUGUUCAGACGCAUGCUGGCUGAUGUUCCACCUCAGUCUUUGGCCUUAAUCUUGGGAGUAGAAUCUCUCCCUGCUCAUGAUUAUGCCAUCCUACAUGCUACAUCCAAGGAUGAGGAAAACAACUUUGAUAUUCACCAACAAGGAAUCCUGGAUGUGUUCCUUGCUGUGAUUGCAAAGGCUCUCACGGUACAGCUGAAGACAAAGGGUGGUGAGGGAGGAAAAUCUGUUGCAACACAAGGGAAGGGAGCAGUCACCUCUGUCUCUCUAGCCAGCACCAUGCCCACACCCCAGGCUAACUCCCCUCGAUGGUGGCUGCAGGGGUCAGCCACACAGAAACAGGCAGAUCUCAUCAUUAGCUUGAUAAGAGACAUGACCACAGGCAAACUCUCAGACAAUUGGGCAAAGGUCAGCAAAGGUGCAAUUGCUGAGAAUAUUGUGAAUCUAACAAGACUCAGUGAAAGCGACAGGUCAUGUGCAGCGUCAUGCCUGGCUACACCCACACUCUGGCUUGCACUUGCAUCCCUCUGUGUGCUCCAUCCAGACCAUGUGGAUGCCCUCUCCUCCCACCACUGGCAGGCCACCACAUCAACAGGGGAUCCACAUAACCCAGAACCUCGGCCAACAUGUGAGAACCAUGAUGAUGGGGAGACUCCAGCCAUGAUCCUAUGUGAGGAAUGUAGCAGCAACUUGUGUGGCGAGUGUGACCGAAUCCUCCAUCUGCACCGCCGUACUAGGCACCAUCACCGCACUGUGUUCAGACAGGAGCAAGAAGCCAUUAAGGUGGACUUGCAUGAAGGCUGUGGAAGAACAAAGUUAUUCUGGCUUCUGGCCUUGGCUGACUCAACCACCCUAAAGGCCAUGCUAGAACUACGUGGGGAGAACCAGAGAUCUCGUGGCUCUGUAGCAGCAUCAACUUGCAAGUUUUUUUUUGGCCGCCUCAUCAUGACCGCAGAAGGUGGCAACAAAGCUGCUGAGGGAAGUGAUGGAACUGCAGGUAACAUUGAAAAUGUGGAUGAGCAAGACCACAACAAUGACCUCCGAGAACAUAUGGUCGGCAUUCUGUUCUCACGAUCAAAACUCACACACCUCCAAAAACAGGUUUGCUCACACAUAGUGCAGGCCAUCCGUAAGGAAGCUGUGAGAGCAAGGGAAGAGUGGGAGUCAGGGCUCAACUGUGGAGGCCUGGGCACACCUGCUACACCUGAAGAGGGACAGCACAACCCCCCUGACACAUACUGCUUUGAGAUGCUGUCCAUGGUGUUGGCCCUCAGUGGCUCUGUGGUUGGCCGGGCACAUUUGGCUCAGCAGGAUCACUUGCUGAAGCACCUGCUGUCACUGCUCCACACAGGGUCAGCUCGUGUCCAGAGACAGGUUGUGGCUCUGUUCAGACGCAUGCUGGCUGAUGUUCCACCUCAGUCUUUGGCCUUAAUCUUGGGAGUAGAAUCUCUCCCUGCUCAUGAUUAUGCCAUCCUACAUGCUACAUCCAAGGAUGAGGAAAACAACUUUGAUAUUCACCAGAACAGCUAUAGUCAUCAUGAGAUAUAUCAGAUAUUUGCCCGGUAUGGCUCUAGCCAUCAUGAGUCCUCUUGUACUGAUGCACUAGAGCUUCCCAUGGUGGGCUUGCCAAGCCAGCCACAUGCACCAAAAAUCAGGGAGAAUGCUCAGACAGGCAAACUCUCAGACAAUUGGGCAAAGGUCAGCAAAGGUGCAAUUGCUGAGAAUAUUGUGAAUCUAACAAGACUCAGUGAAAGUGACAGGUCAUGUGCAGCGUCAUGCCUGGCUACACCCACACUCUGGCUUGCACUUGCAUCCCUCUGUGUGCUCCAUCCAGACCAUGUGGAUGCCCUCUCCUCCCACCACUGGCAGGCCACCACAUCAACAGGGGAUCCACAUAACCCAGAACCUCGGCCAACAUGUGAGAAUCAUGAUGAUGGGGAGACUCCAGCCAUGAUCCUAUGUGAGGAAUGUAGCAGCAACUUGUGUGGCGAGUGUGACCGAAUCCUCCAUCUUCACCGCCGUACUAGGCACCAUCACCGCACUGUGUUCAGACAGGAGCAAGAAGCCAUUAAGGUGGACUUGCAUGAAGGCUGUGGAAGAACAAAGUUAUUCUGGCUUCUGGCCUUGGCUGACUCAACCACCCUAAAGGCCAUGCUAGAACUACGUGGGGAGAACCAGAGAUCUCGUGGCUCUGUAGCAGCAUCAACUUGCAGGUUUUGUGGGGCACCAGCUCAGCCAUCACUCCUGUCUCCUGCUCCUGUUUGCCAGGAUUCUGAUUGCCAGGAGUACAGUCGGGAAGCCUGUGUAAGAACACAUGACUGUGGCCAUCUGUGUGGAGGACUAAAGGGGGAAGCCUCAUGUCUGCCUUGCCUUCACGGAUGUGCCAAUACUCCCUCACUUAAGCAGGAUGCAGAUGACAUGUGCAUGAUAUGCUUCUCUGAGGCCCUAUCUGCUGCUCCUGCCAUCCAGCUUGAGUGUGGCCAUGUGUUCCAUGCACAUUGCUGCCGCACAGUGUUAACAAGGCGUUGGCCAGGACCACGUAUCACUUUCACCUUUUCAAUGUGCCCAAUCUGUAAGGUUCGCAUAAGCCAUGGGGUGCUGACAGAGCUGCUGGCCCCAAUCUCAGCCCUAUUUGAGGAUGUCCGGAGGAAGGCUCUCAUGAGGCUGGAAUAUGAGGGCCUGCACCGAGCAGAGGCCAUUUCCACCCCAGGUGCACGGUACUACAAUGAUCCAGCUGCUUAUGCUAUGGACCGUUAUGCAUAUUAUGUGUGCUUCAAAUGUAACAAGGCCUACUAUGGAGGUGAAGCAAGAUGUGAUGUAGAAGCAGGGCUUGGUGAUGAGUACGACCCAAGAGAGCUGGUUUGUGGUGCCUGCUCAGAUGUCUCCCGUGCACAGAUGUGCCCCAAGCAUGGCACAGACUUCCUUGAAUACAAGUGCAGAUACUGUUGCUCAGUAGCAGUGUUUUUCUGUUUUGGAACAACACACUUUUGCAAUGCAUGUCAUGAUGAUUUCCAGAGAGUGACAAAUAUUCCAAAGACAGAGUUGCCACAUUGUCCGGCAGGUCCAAGAGCCCAGCAGCUGGAGGGGGAAGAGUGUCCACUCCACGUGCAGCACCCUCCAACAGGAGAAGAGUUCGCUCUGGGUUGUGGCGUUUGUCGCAAUGCUCACACUUUCUAAUGUGCCAUCAGUGAUCUGUAUGAUCUUUUAGUAAUUUUUUCCCCUUUUUUUAUGGUUUCAAUUUGGAAAUGUUGUUUUUCUUUUUUCUUUUUUUUUCUGUUGGUUUUUGUUUAUCUAAUGCUAUAGAUUUAUAAAUUACCUUUGUGAUCAAUGGGUUAGUCUAUUUUGAUAAGACAGAGAUUCAUGUAAUUUAAUAUAUUGUAUUGAAAAUCAGUAAAUGCUUUAAAGACAAAUAUGAAACAAUGCAGAUGUGCUGUAUAUAUGAUAUAAGAUGUGCUGGGUAUAUAGAAAAGAAAUGUCGUUAUAAAGCCAAGCUGUAAUUUUCACAAGGCUUGGUAAUGAAUCUGCAUUUUUUGUACAAUUGAUUUUCUUCCUGAUUUCAUUCACCACAAUUAGGUUGGUUUUUGUUUGGGCUUUCUUUUCAACUUUUAUCUUAAUAUAAAAGAAUUCAUACAUAUGAUUAGAUAAUGGAACUAUAUGGUAUAUAUGUCUUUGUAAAUAAUAUCUUUACCUUUGUAAAUGGUCUGAUUGCAGCAGCAUUAGUCUCUGGGAGCAGGAACUGUUGUGCUUAUUCUUGUUUUCACUCUCUAACUUAGCACAAACAAAUCUCGAACAGAAUCCCUGAGCAUUGGUUUUAUUAGAAUUUUUACCGCAAUUUUACAUUUUGAUAUUGCAGUGUGGGAGUGGUUUAUAGAAGUAUAACAGUAGAGUAAAACAUAUGAGAGAAUUGUAACAGUCAUCAUCAGGGUAAAAAAAGAAAAAAAAAAAAGAAAAAUGUACAGUGCAUAUGAUUUUAUGAGACUGAAAAAACAUAUUUAUUGAAAAUUUAGAUAUUGCAUUUUAUCUUCACACCCUAGAUGGUCUGCUUUGUAGGAGACUUCAAUUUGGCAUCUUAUCAUUUAUAUCGUUUUAUUUUCUUUUAAUGACUGAAGCCAAUAAUUUCACAUCUUUCAUGACUUGCUUGUCCUCUUGUCUUUCCCUUCAUUAGUAAGCACUAGUUAUAGUAACCAAGCAGAGAGAUUUAUUUGUGAUACGGUCACUUUGUAAUGUUUUUGGGAUGAGAGAAAAUGUUGUGCAUUUUAAUGAUUUUUUGCCUUCCAUCAAAAGGUUUUCAUAUCAUGAUAUUAAGAGUAUAUAUUUAGUUAGUGAAAGUAAAUAUUUAAGAUUGUGUAUAAGGAACUAAGAUGAUAAUUAUGAAGUUGUGAUUUUUUAUUUGUUUUUCACCUUUGCGUUUUGAUACUUUAAUUUAAUACUGCACAUGUUGAGCAUUCAUAGUUAAGUUGGAGAAUUACAUUAAGUUAUUACAUUGCAGUUUGAUAUUUCACAUUUUAAUAAAUAUUGAUUUUUUUUUUCUCUCUUUUUUUCCGACAUAAUUUUUAAUAUAUAUUUAGACACUAUUACUAUGAUGGAGAUUACUGUUAACUUCAUUGUUAAGUAUUCUUUUUAUCAUUACCAUCAUUUAUCAUUAUCAUAAUCAUUAUUUCUUCAUUAUUGCUGUUAGUGAUUCAGACAUUUCUUCAGCAUCUCUGUCAUCAUCAUCAUCAUUUUCUUCAUCUCCAUUUUCAUCACAGCAACUGCCAUCCUAAGCAUAUUAUUUCCCAUUGAUAUUUUUUCCUAUAUUGUUAAGUUCUGUGUCCUGCUUAUGCUUUAUGGGAAUUAUAUUUCCAAUGCUGUUAUAGGUCACUUGGUUGUGAUAACCUUUUGAUUGUGCUAAACAACAAACACAAAAACAUAUGAGAUUGUGAGAAAGUGAAGAGCAGCAAUCUUGCAUUCAUACAUUCAUUAUGGAUGCUUGUUAGUGUGCAAUUGUGCUACAUACACACAUACAGACACACAGAAACAAAAAUAUAUAUACAUGUACAAAUAACCGUGAUUUUAUCUUUUACUCUGUAUUCGUUUUGUUCUUGAAAAGAAUUUAACUGGAUAUAGGGCAUUUGUUUGUGAGUCAGAAUUGCAUGGCAGGAUUACUUAGGUCUUUAGAGUAUAGUUAACAAUAAUUCCUAUUAGCACCAACAUUCCUACUGUGAUGUAUGGAUGUGUUAUGUUGAAGAAUCUCGCUCCCUACAUUUGUUAUGUGCACUAUGUAUUUAUUAUAGGUUAGAUCCCAGUUAUGUGCGUGCGUGUAUGCUCUUGAUGCUAUUUAUCAGUCCUGUGGUUUGUAAGGUCAGAAGAUUCAGAUCUUAUGAAUAUUGGUGUAUAUGGGUCUGUGUCACUAGGUAUUCCCCUGUGCUGAAGUAAUUUGCGUUAAGCUUGACUAUUUCUCAUAAUUACAUUAAAGGAAGAAAAUCAUAGCUUAUUGUUGCUUACCUCAACAUUAUGGCCUUAUUAGUGUUGAUUAUCUUUCCUUAAUUAUGGUGUGAUAAGAAUAUACAAAACUACUGACAGAAAUGAAAUUCUGUAGACUACUUGAUAUUUUCUCAGCAAUGUUUAGUACUAAAUUCCGUAUGGAAAGAUAUCAUGAUAGGCAAUCAGAUAUUGGUACUGCAGGCAUAUUUUGUAUUUCAAGUACACAUUUUUGGUAUAUUCAAGUAUUAGGUGUAAUCUUUAUUAUAUGUGAUACCUUAAUAAUGUACACACAUUAGUUUUGACAAGAAAUACUCCCAGUUCAUAUACUUGUGAAUAUGGGGUAUUGUAUGUAAGGCAAACAAUAUCUUUCUUUGCAAAAUAGAAGAUGUAAUUAUUUCAUGUGUUUUAAUAUUGUUGCAAUGUGUAUAAACAGUAUUCUUUAACUAUGAAAUGAUCUAGUCCAGGACAAGAGCAACAGGUUACUUUGGCAAUUUUAAGACAAUGAAUAAGCAGCAUUACACUAGGUGGCUUAUUCCUCAGUUUUCUUAUUCAGUUGAAACAUUACCUGUCUGUUGAUGGUAUUCAAAUAGUAACAUGUAAAGCACUUUAUAUUAGAUAUCACAAAGUUUCCUCUUGUAAAUGGAUUUGACAUUUAAAUAUACAGACACUUGAAUGGGUGAUGAUUUUGACCAUAGAGACAGGUUGUGCAUAGAGAUUUUGGAAAGUCACCUGAUGUGACAGAUAUUGUAGCUGACAGUAAAACAUGACAUAAAAUGGUUAAAAGCUCAGUUCUUAUGAGCAUAUAGGCCUCUGUGGUAUUUUGUUAGAAGUUCAAUUAACCUUUUAAAAUGGAAACUUGCCAUUUUGGAACUUUUUUGUGAUUUUUAGUUUGAAUAAGAAAUUACAUAAACCUUGCCAUUAUAUAAAUUCCCUAUUGAUAAGUGAAAAUAAACUUAUACAAAUA